AUGAAAAGGAAGAGAACUAGUGAACGUUGUGAAAGUGAUGAAAGAAAGAAAAAAGAGAAACUAGUUGAUUUACCUAGUGAAAGAAAGAAAGAAGACAGACUCAGUGAUUUACCAGAUGAAGUUCUGAAACACAUAAUGGAGUUUUUGCCCACAAGAGAAGCUAUUCAAACCUGUGUGCUAUCUAAACGAUGGAAGAAUCUCUGGAAAGGCCUCACCACUUUAACUUUCAGCUUCUUCAAUGGAAUUCGCAAAUACAACAAAUAUGUCUCUCAUGUUCUCUCUAAUCGAGAUGAUUCCACUUCCCUUCACCACAUGUCCAUGACAGUGUUCAAUUCCACUGCACCGAAAGUCCUCAACAACGCCAUCAAAUACGCUUCACAACACCAUCUUCAAGCGUUGACACUUAUCAUGGACAUGAAGUUUAAGCAAACACGCAAUUCUUUCAUUCCCCUCGUUAUCAACUGCAAAUCUUUAACCUUUCUUGACAUUUAUGUCGAUUCCUCUUCGGUCUCUCUGACACUUCCAGCAUCUCUUUCGCUACCAUCUUUGAAAACCCUACUUCUCUCCAAUGUCAGUUUCACACCAAAAGACGGAUUUAUAUCUGGAUACAUUGGAAAUUCAACCUCCUCACUUUGCUAG